GAGGCUUUACGCGACGUUUUUCCAGCACGGCGUUCAGAAAGACAGCUCAACCAGUGAGGAGCCUCAGACUCACUUGAGCGUGGAGGACCUGCAAGCACGCGACGGCGACGCCUCGGGAGAUAGAAACAAACACCAUUAAAGGGCCAUAAGGGGGCCAUUAAAGUGCCUUGGAGUGGCAGGGGACAUCACCUUACGUAAGAAUACGGAAGCCAUAAAAGCCGAGAGUGGAAGCAAAAGUACCGCUUUUAUUCAAUGACAUCUUGUAUGCUGGAAGCUUGGUCAUACCCCCCUGCGCUAAGAACGUUAAAAAAACAGCAGAUGAAAGGAGUGCAUAGUGACAGUUGCCGGGGGGGCAAAUUCAAUCUACAUUGGGACCUCGUCCAUCCAAGGUCCAACUUAAACUGAAUUUUAUCUAUCCAUCCAUUUUCUAUACUGCUUAUCCUCAUGGCCUGGUCGCCAUCCAAUCACAGGGCACAUAUACUUUAUUAUUUCAUGAAUUCUUUUAAAACUUUAAUUUUUUUAUUUCAGUUUCUUACUGGUGGACCAAUGCAAUAUUUUUUUCACAUGUUCUGUUUUAUAUUUACUUCAUUUGAUUUUUUUUUUAUUUUUAUUAAACUUUUUCAAAUUGUGUGUAUAGAUUUUUUUAAAUUGAAGUUUAAUUUAACUGAAUUUUCUGCAGUCAUUUUAUUUUAUUAUUAAGAUUGUUUUUCCUUGUAUGUUUAGUUCUUUUGUUAAUUGAAUUGAAUAGUUUUUUCAUGAGUUUUUAUUUCCUUAUAAAUGGUAUAUAUAUAAUAUACAUGGAUUGGCGUUUGUGGGCGUUUGUGGGCGUUUUGCUCGUUGCCGCGUGACUGUCGACAUUUUGUUGCAUUAGAAGUUUGCCACGUGUUGUCUGAAGGAGGUUUGGUGGACUGAACUUUUUCUGGAAUGUGAAGUCAAUUUCACCAAAAAAGGGGGGCUGCAACAGUCCCCUCGUGGGCGGCCGGUGAGUUGCUCCCUCCUCCACUACGUUCUAUUAUACUUGGCCACUAUACAGUGGACACUUGGUACACUCGUUCUGGUUCUGGUUCUCGUCUCCUUCUCAUUCUGGUUCUGGUUGUUUUCCAACAGCAAACAAUGUAUAAUCCCCCAAUCUCACUAUAAACUGACCACAAUGAUCGGGUAUGAGAAGCGUUGCACCCACAUCUCCAUCAGCUUCAUGUCGAUGAUAAAACAAAGGCGUGUGAGAUCCGGGGAAGCUGGUCAAGUACUUCAGCCGCCAGCUGUCCUGCAAGUGCAAAGUGGCCUUAGAGGAGCGAAGCACCGAGCUGGAGGACUUCCCUCGCCUCGGGCACUGGUUCCGUAUCGUCAACCUGAGGAAGGAGGUCACGCAGGUGGGGCCAACAGUCCUAACGGGAUAUGAGCCCGGGCGAGGUGACUCUGGAGGGUCUGCUGGACAUGAGCGAGCAACAAGUGUUUGAGCUCCUGCAAAAGUUUGGCGCCAACCAGGAAGAAUGCGCCCGACUCAACGCCUCGCUGUCCAGCCUCCGGAAGGCCCACCAGCUGGAGCAACUUGAGGAGGAUAGGUUGCACAGUAACGGAGGGAGCCAGACCAAGCAGGACUGGUCCAUCCAGUGGCCUACCUCCGAGUCGGGCAAGGAGAACACCCCCGUGGGUCAGCCAGAGGCAAGCCAGUGGAUCCGCUUCCAGCUGUCCCAAAGCCCCAAGGUCCAGUCCAAGUCCAACCAGCACAUGUGCCACAGCCUCCAGGCCCCGGCGCCCCCUCUGUACACAGAUCGACUGACCGUGGACAGCCCCUCCACGGGACUCCUGCCCACCCUGGACUCUGGUCCCCGCUCGCUACCCCCAUCGCCUCGCCAGAGACAUUUUGGCCACACGCCUCCUCGGACUCCCCUGGUGUUCAACACCAUGACCCCGCCCGGCACUCCGCCCAUGCGGCGAAGGAACAAAGUGAAGGCCCCGGGAACGCCGCCGCCGCCCAGUCGCAAGCUGAUCCACCUACUGCCGGGCUUCACCGCCCUGCACCGCAGCAAAUCCCACGAGUUCCAGCUGGGGAACCGCUUGGACGACGCGCAGAUGCCAAAAGCCAAGAAGAAGACCAAGCCCCUGAACCUUAAGAUCCACAGCAGCGUGGGAAGCUGUGAGAACCUGCCCACGCAGCGCUCACCCCUGCACACCGAGCGCUCCCUGAGGUCCUUCUUCUUCCCCUCCUUCGUCCCAUCCACGCCUCCUGUGCACGCCGAAACGCCCUCUGCAAACACCCUCUCAGUGCCUCGCUGGUCCCCGCAGAUCCCCCGAAGAGAUCUUGGAAACUCCAUAAAACACAGGUUUUCCACCAAGUACUGGAUGUCCCAGACCUGCACGGUGUGUGCAAAGGGAAUGCUCUUUGGACUCAAAUGUAAAAACUGCAAGCUGAAGUGCCACAACAAAUGCACCAAAGAAGCCCCGCCCUGCCAUUUGCUGAUCAUCCAACGAGGCGGCAGAGAGUCCCUGAAAGACCACCCAGGGAUGAGUCCAGUCGCUCGCCUGGUGCGGACCGAGUCGGUGCCGUGCGACAUCAACAACCCGCUCAGGUACGCCGACCUGCACGUCAGCCAGACGCUGCCCAAAACCAACAGAAUCAACAAGGACCACAUCUCCGUCCCCUACCAGCCAGACUCCAGCAGCAAUCCGUCGUCCACCACCUCCUCCACCCCGUCCUCUCCGGCCCCUCCCCUGCCCAGCAGCGCCACGCCCCCCUCGCCGCUGCACCCCUCCCCGCAGUCUGCCCGGCAACAGAAGCAGUUCAAUCUGACAGCGUCCAGUUACUUCAAGUACAAACAGCAGUUCAUAUUUCCAGACGUGACCCCGGAGGUUCCUCAAAGCAGAGCGCCGCAAGUCAUCCUGCACCCCGUCCUGUCGGAGCCCGGCAACGAGGGGAAUCCUUUACUUCAAAUUGAAGUGGAGCCGACAUCUGACAACGAGGACGCCAACGACGAGGAGUCAGGCGACGAGUUUGAGGAGAUGAACCUGUCGCUGUUGUCGGCGCGCAACUUCCCCCGCAAGGCCAGCCAGACCAGCAUUUUCCUGCAGGAGUGGGACAUCCCCUUCGAGCAGCUGGAGAUGGGCGAGAUGAUCGGCAAGGGACGCUUUGGAAAGGUGUUCCACGGCCGCUGGCAUGGCGAGGUGGCCAUCCGCCUCAUCGACAUCGAGCGCGACAACGAAGACCAGCUGAAGGCCUUCAAGCGUGAGGUUAUGGCCUACCGCAACACCCGCCACGAGAACGUGGUCCUCUUCAUGGGGGCCUGCAUGAGCCCCCCACACUUGGCCAUCAUCACCAGUCUGUGCAAAGGCAGGACGCUUUAUUCCGUGGUGAGGGAUGCCAAGGUGGUCCUGGACGUCAACAAGACUCGACAGAUUGCCCAAGAGAUGGUGAAGGGGAUGGGCUACCUCCACGCUAAAGGCAUCCUACACAAGGACAUGAAGUCCAAGAAUGUCUUUUACGACAACGGCAAGGUCGUCAUCACCGAUUUCGGACUCUUCACCAUCUCUGGCGUUCUCCAAGCCGGCAGCCGCAGGGAGGACAAGCUGAGGAUCCCCAACGGAUGGUUGUGUCACCUGGCCCCGGAAAUCAUCCAGCAGCUCUCUCCCGACACCGAGGAGGACAAGCUUCCCUUCUCCAAGCAGUCCGACGUCUUUGCCUUCGGGACCAUCUGGUACGAGCUCCACACACGCGAGUGGCCUUACAAGAGCCAGCCGGCCGAGGUGAUGGUGUGGCAGAUCGGCAGCGGCGUCAAGCCCAACCUGGCCCACAGCGGCAUGGGCAAGGAGAUCCUGGACAUUCUGCUGCUGUGUUGGGCCUUCCAGCAGGACGAGCGUCCCAGCUUCUCCAAGCUGGUGGACUUACUGGAGAAGUUGCCAAAACGGAACCGCCGCCUUUCCCACCCGGGACACUUCUGGAAGUCAGCUGAGUAUGUGAAAUGAGUUGAGGUCCACCAAGACCAACCACAUGAAGACUUGAAAAAGACAACCAUGAAAUGUGGGCAUGCUGGUGUUGGUGCGUGAAUCAAUCUGGCAAUCUGGAGUUCUUUCUUGGAACAGAUGGAGAUGUUGUACAGUUGACUUUUCUUUUCAUGCCUUUCCGUCAUCACAUUAGCAUUAGCAUUACCAUAGCGUACCGCUUGAAUGUGAAAAAGCUAGCUGGUGGCUAGCUUCAUGAUUUUACACGGAGACUGUUCUCCAUCAGCCGUGAGGAAAAACAGCAGACACUUGAAAUGUAGAACUCCUCAUUUACAUGAGCUUGGUGUGGAGUCUUGCUGGAGGUCCAGGCACGGCACAGCAACAGCAUGGCACGGCAACAGCACGGCAACGGCACGGCACGGCGUGCCUUGACUUCCAGCAUGGAGCCGCUGUGGCGUUCCAAAGAAAUACUAACUAGUUCCUUUCACAUCCCAACAUCUCAACUUUCUCCUCAAUCAGACACUUUUUAUUGCUUUUCACACUUUGAUUAUUCAAGUCCAUGUAGGUCUUUUCUAUUAUUAUUAUUAUUAUUAUUAUUAUUAUUAUUAUUAUUAUUAUUAUUAUUAUUAUUAUUAUUAUUAUUAUUAUUAUUAUUUACACCUUAUUCAUAUUUGUAUAUGUUUAUUCAAGUUAUUUUUCUUCAUGAUUGAAGUCAUUUCUAUUUCUAUUUAUUUACAAAGAUUGUUGACAUGUUGAUUUAAGCCAUUUUUCUUUGAAAUAAUGUAAUAAUAAUAAUAAUAAUACAGUAAACCUCGGAUAUAUCGCAUUCAAUUGUUCCCACUGGUUUUGUCCGAUAUAAGCGAAAUCCGUUAUAUGCGUAUACCGGAAAAUGUCCGUUUUACGCAUAUAUCGGAUUUAUAUUCGGUAUAUGCGUAAAUCGGAUUUUAUCCGUUAUAAAAAGGCACUUCCUUGACUAUGUUUCCAAUGUACCUGGACUGGGCAAUGAAAAGAGACGUAAGGUAAUGAGAAUUUAACUUUAUUGGACGAUGCGGCCAUCCGAUAUAUGCGAGGGAAAUUUAAUGGAAAUGCAUUGGAACGGGACUGGAGAUUUUGUCCGAAAUAGGCGAAAUCCGUUAUAAAAAAUCUGAUAUAUGCAAUGAAUUUUUAUUGGAAAUGCAUUACAGAAAAAUCGGUUCUUUUUUAUCUGUCCGUUGUGAGCGAACUUCCGAUAUAUCCGAGUCCGAUAUAUCCGCGGUUUACUGUAAUAACAUUUAUUGAAGGGGUGUUUAUUGCUGUGGAAGGAAGUGAAGGAAACCAGGAAGGAGAUGCUGAGUGAUGCGUACUUUAUGUAGUAAUGAAAUAUCAAGUGUAGUAAAUGAGGAUGUACAGCACGUGUACUGUACUCAGUAAGUCAGUGUAGAGUCAGUACUGUACAUGUGAGUACUGUCGUGUACAGUACAGUACUGCAGGUGUAGAGUGAGUACUGUACAUACACAGAAGAUGGCUAAAAUAUUCUUCAAUGAACAAACCAAGAUAUUAUAGUCAUUUCUUCCUUCCUUCCUUCCAUUCGGUUCAUUUCCUUUUGUAAGAUUUUAUUCCUGUAAAAUUCCCAACACAGUUUUCCUAAACUCCCCAUUCUAGGAAUUGUUUUGCUUUGUUUCUUGUGCUGUUAUGACCUUCUUUGAUGCUACUGAUGACCUUGUCUUUCCUCCUAACUUUCAUCCCAUAAAGUUGAAAACUUUUUCCUGCUAGGAAUGACUUUUUUCUUCAUGUUUGUUUUAUUCUGGCAAAUGGAUGCUUUUUUCCCAGGUUUCCUCUUAUUUUGGUCCUCUGUGGUUCUUCAUGUCUGUGGUUCUCCAUGACGGUGUUCUCCAUGUCCGUGGUUCUCCAUGUCCGUGGUUCUCCUUGUCCGUGGUUCUCCUUGUCCGUGGUUCUCCUUGUCUGUGGUUCUCCAUAGAAGGACUUAGGGCCUUAGAAAGUUUUGGUUGAAACCACGAGAAGACAUGAUGGACAACCAUCAGCAAUUUGACGAGAGUCACGUCCCAAUAGUCGGAGAAAAGACGCAUUCAGAGUUGCUUGGGAGAAUAACGUCAAAUGCGGGCGACAAGCGAUGCUUGCAAACAUUCGCGCUCUGCUGGCUUCCCCCCCAGCUUCCCUCCCAGCUGGUCUCGGGGAGAUUGUGGCU